GCAGAGGCGGGGCCGCGGCGCCCUUAUCCCGGGCGCGGGCGGCCGGGGUUCAGAGUGCGGGCUGCGGAGCGGGCAGCGCGGUCUCGGCAUGGGUCCGCGCGCUGGGCCUGCGCUGGCGAUGCCGCCCGGUCCUCCCUGACGUCUGACGCCGACUGUCGCCGCCCCGAUGGCCGCCGAGUCCCCAGCGCUGUGCCUGCGGCCGCCGGGAAACACCGGAGACAGCCCGCCGGUGCCGCGCCUGCUCGGAGGCUGCGUGCCGCUGUCGCAUCAGGUGGCUGGCCACAUGUACGGCAAGGACAAAGUGGGCAUCCUCCAACACCCGGAUGGCACAGUUCUGAAACAGCUGCAGCCACCGCCACGGGGCCCGAGAGAGCUGGAAUUUUAUACCACGGUUUACGCUGCUGACUGUGCCGACGCUGUCCUCCUGGAGCUGCGGAAACACCUGCCCAGAUACUACGGCGUCUGGUCCCCUCCCACCGCGCCAAACGCAGAUGUGUACCUAAAACUGGAAGACGUGACUCACAAGUUUAACAAGCCCUGUAUAAUGGACGUGAAGAUUGGGCGGAAGAGCUACGAUCCCUUUGCCUCUUCAGAGAAGAUUCAGCAGCAGGUCAGCAAGUACCCUCUGAUGGAGGAGAUCGGGUUCCUGGUGCUCGGCAUGAGGGUUUAUCAUCUUCACUCUGACAGCUACGAGACACAGAACCAGCACUAUGGAAGGGGUCUGACGAAAGAGACUCUGAAGGAAGGUGUCUCCAAGUUUUUCCACAAUGGCUUCUGUUUAAGAAAAGAUGCGAUUGCAGCCAGCAUUCAGAAGGUCGAGAAGAUUCUCCAGUGGUUUGAAAAUCAGAAGCAGCUUAACUUUUAUGCAAGUUCUUUACUGUUUGUUUAUGAAGGUUCAUCUCAGCCAGCUACUACAAAAGCAAACGAUAGAACUUUGGCGGGGAGGUUUCUCUCCAAAGGCCCCCUGUCGGACGCGGAUGUCCUGGAGUGUAACAACAACCUGCACCUGUUCGGCUCUCCGGCCAACGGGACGGCAGUGGGCAAAAGCUUUUCUAAGGCGUACUCAAGGCACAGAAAGCUGUAUGCCAGAAAGCACCAGAGUCAGACUUCCCUGAAAGUUGAAACUCUGGAGCAAGACAACGGGUGGAAAAGCAUGUCCCAGGAACACUUGAACGGAAACGUGUUUUCCCAACUGGAAAAGGUGUUCUACCACCUUCCGGCGGGGCGUCAGGAGAUCGCGAAGGUGGACGUGCGGAUGAUAGACUUUGCUCAUGUGUUCCCUAGCAACACAGUAGACGAGGGCUAUGUUUACGGUCUGAAGCAUCUACUUGCGGUGCUUCGGAGUAUUUUAGACAGUUGAGUCUUGCUGCAGUGUGUGAAGGAGCGGGCCAAUCACCACGGAGGGCUGCAGGCAUCAGCCGCACACCUGUACUGCUCUGUAAAAAUUUGUAUUGUGAGUCAGCGUUUGUUUGUUUUUUUUUUGUUUUUGUUUUUUGUGUUUUUUUGUUUUUUUUUGUUUUUUGUUUUUUUGUCUUUAUACUUUUGGUAGAUGGUUAACUUUUUUAUAUUCUUACUCAGGAAUACUAAUUUGUUCAUUAGAAAACUAUGAAGAAUAAAGAAACAGGAAUGUCGAGCAGGGAACGCGUGGGACACGGGGCAAACAGCUGUAACACUCGAAAGUCAUUACGCAGUCAUUUAGAGGUCACGUAGCUUUCUGUAGCCAGUCACCAUGAAAUCUCUGUCUCUAAACUAUGACUUUAUCAGACCACCCUGAAAUCUAGAAAGCGCCCCUAAAACGGGAGAACAUUCUACACAGAAAGGAGGCUCUGUGGGUUCUGUGUUAAAGGCAGAGCGCAGCGAGUGAAAGAACGGUGCUUAAAAGGGUGGGUGCGCUCCACCGGGGGCUCGCCCGGGUCCCUGCUGUGCUCGGCACCGAGCAUCAUGGGAAGGGAAGGGGAGUGGGUCAGAUGGCCGGCACCAGCGACAGAUCCCGGCACAAACUUUCCUCCCUACGGUCAAGGAGAAGAGAGAUUGUAAAGAACACACUACCUUUUUCUUUUUUUCCAAUGACUCAUUGAUGGAAAAGUCUUCAUUUACUAUGCUGUGAGAGCUGUCGUGAAGCACAAUGCUCUUUAUUACCAGUCUGAGGCUUCCGAGAGGUGAAUGGUGGAAAUUUUCUUAUUUCUUCUUUAAUUUUUUGAGAGUCUUUUCCAUUUUAAAAAAUCCAAUUUUUUUUUUAAACGUGUCCCCAUUUUUUUGCAUAAACAUUUCUUAGAGUUUGGCUAAGCAUCCACAGGACGCUGUGCCCGGUGCGCUGGAGGAAUCCUGUGUAGGUUUCACUCCCUUGGUGCCUAACAGAGAGAUCCUAGUUAAUUCCACUCGGAGCAACGGGCAGGCAACUUUCCCUUGAAAAGACAGAUUUAUAAGUGUCAUGUUUAUUUUACCACUGCCGCCUUUUUCAAACUAACUGUUUAUUGUUAAAGUAUUUCCAAAACUGAAAUUAAAUUUGCAAAUCAUUUUGCUGUGCAUGCUUGCACUUUGACCCGCUGAUGUGAUAAAAUAACUGAACAGCUUGUCCUUUCUGGAUAAUAGCUUUGAGUUACGACCUGACCUUUUUUUUUUUAUUCCCUCCUUUUAGCCUCUUUUUCCUUGAGAUUUACAAAUCAAACUGCUAAAUCCAACAACUAUUUUCUGUAAUGUGGAGGGACCUUUUCAGUCCAAACGUAGUUGCAAAUACCCAUGGUCAAACGUGAGCCCGAAGGGAAUGGGGUCAUUAUCCCAAGUAGGUCUGGUUAAGUAGGUCCGGUUCACGUGCCUUUUGGGAGUUUUCUCUGGGAGGCUGCAGGUGUUCUUGGCAAGAACUUCUCAUUCUCUGCCGAGGUAAUGGACUACUAUAGCUAUUUCUGUUUCUCAUUUUGUGUGAGUGAGUUUCAAGUGAUAAUUACUAGAAAACUUUCAGUUUUACCAGUUUUUCUUACAAUAUUGACUUGUUACCUGGUUGUGAUUCAGGAACUCUCCAGCUCAUCUGGUGAACACUAUUUUGAAUCUUAAGAGGCAGUUUGAGAUGGUAUCUGCCUGUAUACAAGGAAUUAGGAAAGCUUUGGGCACACUUCAGCUCAGUAAAGUCUUUGAUCUACAGCUGUUUCCAGCCACUUCGGAAGCCAGCAUCCUGCCUUUCUGACAACUAGGUCUUGUCUGAAUAAAACAGGAAGUGAUUCUAAUCCCUGCUUCUCAGGGAAGGGAUUUGCGCUCAGUUCUUCUCGUUUACAUUUUACCAACUGCUGCCCACUCUGUUAUUUUGUGUUCCUCGACGCCAUGAUCAAUAUGUUUAUGAUGUAAGUAAACAACCUGUGGCUGGCGUUUCCCGGUCUGUCCUGUCUUUAAAAAUGAUGGUGAGAUUUGCCACUUUGGGGAAAGAGGCAUCUAUCACUAGCCACGCGUAUGUGAACACAGAUAUAUAUUUAAGAAAUAAGCAAAUGAGGAGGCGGUUUGAACUGGUGGUUAAUAUUAGCCAUCCCCUCCCCCCCAAUAUGAUUUUAGUGUGUUCCUUAUGGGAUGCACUUGUGGAAAGGACUUGUGGGUGUGAAUACAUUUCUCAAAUAAAAGUUUAAAUUGUAAAAUAGUUUUAUAAUAAAGUAUUUACAUUAAUUAUUUUAAUAUGGAUGGAAGUUGCAUAAAUUAUAAUUGUUAAAUAUUUAAAUAGUCUUUCAAGAGAGUUUUGAAAAAUGUAUGUAAGUGGCUUUGAUGGCCGAGGUGUUCAGUUAGUAUGGGAGGCUCUGUUUUGUGUGUUUGGAGAGGGCCUGGGCAGUCUGCCUGUCCACACUACAUACAGAUUGCUACCGUGGCCCUGCAGGCUGCCCAGCUGAGUGAGAACCGAUUCCCGAAUGCAUUGCCGACGUCCUGUGGUGCAGUUGUCCUGUGAUCUCCAUGGCGUUGCCCUUGCUGUCAGGCCUGGGAACUAUCGAAUUUAUAACAUUUGGGGUGGGGGGAAAUGAAUUUCCAUAGUUACUUCCAUUGCACUCUUUUUGUUGAUGUUAGGAUUUGGAAUGUAUAGGCAGGAGGAAGGGCUGAACUGUGACCUGACCGGCUCAGACUGUUAAUACUGCUUCCCUUGAGGUCUGCUGUCCAAACUUGCUUGGUUGAAAACAGCCGUUUCCACAGCUGUCCUUCUCUUCCAGAUCCUGACUGUGUUUCUUGUGUAUCCAAAGCCCUUUGUCUUGCCCCCUAAAAGGGUUCAAUUACCCAGAAACAUCAAGCCCCUUUUCAGAAUGGUCUGUUUGGCUACUCUCAGGGUAGUGCCUGGGGCCUGGCCCCUCAGUUCACACAGACACAAGCCUGCACCUCACCAAGCAUUUUCAACCGCUCUCCCUGAAGUGUGCAUUUGUGAACCAGUCGGGACUGACCGUUUCCUGCAUCUCUGUCUCGGUGGAGAGGUCUAGGUGGAGAGGUUCGUAGGGACAUCUUUAAAACAGAGACACACUGACAUCUGUAUUUAAAGCUGUUAAGGAUAGUGUUCAGGUAAAGAUUAAGUGCUAAGUAUUGAGCUACAGUGGAGGCAGAUGAUUUAGGGACUGAGAUCAAGGGAAUGUGAGCGGAGGUUAGAAGCCUCUGGUUGACUCUCCAGCUGGGUGGCAGUUACAGACAAAAUAAAACAGCCUUAAAAAGAAGAACACUCUUAAAACAUGCUCAUAAAGGUACAUUCAGCCUUUACCCUUAGAAUAAUAAAUAGCACAGUGUGACUAAGGUUGCUAAGACAGUGCAAACCUCUUAAACCUCAAGUUUUCAAAUCACUGGGAUUCCAGAUUUGUCAUCGGACGUGAAGGUAUUUCUUGGCUUCAGAACAACUCUGUUAUAACACCUACUACCGAUAAUACCGAUAUCCUGAGAAAGAUUCAGCAGCUUUGCUGUCCAUAGUGUGUCUUCCCACUUGCUUCAAUAGCUUCUGUUAAAAGCCUCCAUGAUUCAUACCAAUAAAUCAGACAGUCAAAUUAAAAACAAAACAAAAA